UCUACCAGUCUCUGAAGAUGAGGACUCUUCUUACUACAUCUAUACUACUGGCCGGCUUUCUUGGCUUGGCUUAUUCCCUUCAAUGCUACUCAUGCACUGAUACUACCGAGAAUAAAGAUUGUCUGACAGUGUCUACGUGCAACUCAUCCAUGUCCUACUGUACCUCGACCGUCGUGAAGUUCCUCUUUAUUAAGUCUGUAACUAAAGGAUGCGUCUCCAGUUGUGUUUCAGGAAGUGAAAGUAUUGUUAUAUUUUCUGGUUCACAAACCUGCUGCAGUACCAACCUCUGUAAUAACAGGACUGUCCAAGAUUUACUGAAUUCAGGAAACAGCAAACACAGUUUGACCAAUAGUAUUUUCCUAAUUGUGAGCAUCACCAGCCUAAUGAGCACUGCUCUCACUAUGGGACUUUAAUACAUUUCAGACAAUGGACAAACAAGUAUUUUAACCAUUUUGUAAUUUGAUAUUUAAACAUAUAAAGUGCAAUGGAACUUAUUUGGCAAACAAGAUCCCCUAUUGAUGGAACAGGAGCUGUAAACAAAACAUUUAAAAUAUUUGUACAAAUAAAUGUGUGAUUAUUAAAUUAUCUAACAUGGCUGUCUUUA